AUGAAGAGGCAGAACGUAGGGCGAAUCUCGAAGACGAUGAGAGAUAUGGUACUCUUCCUCGAUUUUAGGAACGUCAGCAGGGGGUCUGUCUCAUCGCACUUUGAAGAGAAAGUCAUUUUCUCCAAUUUUGUAAACUCAUUCGUGUGGCGGUACGAGAUCGUAACAACGGAGAUCAGCAAGGUCGCAGAUGAGAAGGGUGUUUUGGAUCAUCUCUGGGGGAGCAAAAUCGUAAGGACGCUUUGGGAACUCGUUUGGCAACAAGCCGUAGAAAGGUGUAAGAACUUCAUUAUCAUCCGCAUGCAAUGUUUGCCACCCUUCGGACUGAACUUUGUGAGCGAUCUCGGAGGUCAGCGAGAGACAAGGCACUUGGAAUCUGACGCAGGCCCAUUUGCAAGCCUCGUCAAACCGGACAAAGAGAAUGUCGAUGGUAAUUAUUAUGCCAACUCACUGUCUAUGAAUUCCUUGAUCAUAAUGACGGGAGAAGAGUGA